AUGGCGAAGAAAUUACAUAUGGUUGAGGAAUUGGACAAGAGCAUAAGUUGGAACAUUCGUGAUGAUGUAAAAAAUAAGAAGAAAAACAACAACAACAAUAAUAACAUCAAUAAGAUCUUGAUAUCUAUCAACAUUGUUGGUAGUUCGGGGCCAUUAACAAUUGUGGUGAAAGAGAAUGAUGUUGUUUGGGAUGUUAUUGACAAAGCUCUCAAAUCUUAUGCACGUCACGAGAGGCUACCUAUUUUGGGUUCUAAUGUCUCUGAUUUUGCUAUUUACCCCUCAAAUGAUGUUUCUCAUGCUCUAAGUCCAUCAGAGACCAUAGGAUCUUUUGGGACAUGGAAAUUUGUGCUAUGUGAAAAACAACCAUCCCCAACAAAGACAAAAGAACGAUCAAAGAUGAUGGCUCAAAAGGGAAGUGGUAGCUGGAAAUCAUUCAGUUUCAAAAAAGUCCGUUCUGCACUGGAUUGUGUUGCUAUGGGUGGCAGAGUUUAG